AUGCUACGGCCACUAGGGAAGUCCGAGCAGCUUUCGGCAGUCUCCCAUGAGCUGGGUUUCUUCAAGAACGUAGGAGUGUCUGCACACUAUACUCUCGAAGAAGUCGCUACUUCACCUGAUCUGCGAUGCGUUAUCUACGCAGCAUUGGCGGACGUCGUCCGCAAACAUGAUAUACUUUCGGCCAUUCCAGUUGACGAAGCAUCACCGCAUGCCUACUUCGCUCGUCUGCCCACCAUAGACCUUGGUUCUUGUGUCUUCUUCAAAACGCGAUCUAAGUCCGUUGAACAAGGUGAAGGGGACUCUGAGCUUGAUGCGCUUCUCCAGGAACAGCACAACAUCGACUUCAAGUCCCACCACGGCACUGUACCUUUCUGGCGGCUGACUGUUCUGCGAGACGCUGAAGUUGAGUGCAGCUUCACUGCUUCGUUCAUUUUUCACCACAGUCUUGGAGAUGGCGCGACAGGAACAAUCUUUCACACAUUCUUCUGGCAGUCGCUUAACACCAAUGUCUCACUGCCGUCCUUCCUGGAGCAAAGUAACUCUCUGGUAAAAGUUCCAGGUAGUACCGAACUCCUCCCGCCUCUGGAGGAGCUUCACCCGCUACCGCUGAAUCCGAACCCUUCAGCCCAUCAAACGCAAAGCCUGAAAGAGUGGACAGGAAAUUCCAUCCAGCUACCUCUGGAAUCUCUCUACCGAUCAAUUUACUUCUCACCAACAUCAUCAACAAAGUUUGCGCAAAGGUGCAAAGAGAAUGGUCUGACCGUAACGUCUGGCCUGGUAGCCGUGAUGGCUGGCGCGAUGUUCGAUGCACUCCCACCUACCAUAGACGCCCUUACUGGUAUCGUACCAAUCAACCUGCGACCAUGGCUCAAUUUACCUCCUCAUAUCGCGAAUGGUGCUAUGGGGAGUUUCAUCGAUGCAACGAAAGUGCAAAUCCGCCGUUCGCAUUACGAAGUCGACGUGCAAGCUACCAUACACGGACUCCCUGCCGCGCGUCAUACGGCGGACGAGAUCAAGAGAUAUUUGACACGCAACCUAUCGCCUUCCGGUGAGCCGUACACAUCUGUAGCUGCCUUCAAGGCUAUUCCGGAUAUUGCUGCAGUGUUCAAAUCUAUGGUCGGUACGAACCGUGAUGCGGCUUUUGAGAUCUCGAACCUGGGCCGGUUCCCAGUCGACGGCCAGACCAAGGCGGAGGCGCAGUGGCGUAUCGGCAGGAUGGCUUUUAGUCGAAGCGCUUUGGCUUUCGGCGCUGCUUUAACGACGAGUGUGAUUUCGGGUGCAGAUGGGGCGUUGACGAUUGGGUUUAGCUGGCAAGAGUGUGUUGUGGAUAAUGCCUUUGUGAACAGUGUUAUACGGGGGUUUGGAGAAGGCUUUGACUCUGAUGGGUUCUGA